UUGUUACAGUGAUAACCUCCACGUGACUGUGUGAUCAAGAGGGCAUCAGGAUGGAGGCCCCUCUGGUGUGCCUGGAUGAGGAAUUCGAGGAUCUGCGGCCCUGCAAGAUGGAGGAGAUUGAAUUCGAGCAGCCUGCCUGCCGGCCUCACAAAAUCAUUCCUCUGGCCCCACUGUGCCGCGAAGAGUUCUCAGAGCUGGAGAACUUCUCUGAGAUGAUGAGCUUCAAGUCCAUGGAGGACCUCGUCAAUGAAUUUGACGAGAAGCUGAACGUGUGCUUCCACAAUUACAACACCAAGACAGAAGUUCUGGCACCUGUUCGCAACCAAUCGCACACCGAGGAGGACGAGGAGAGGCUUCAAGAUGAAGAUGUGUGGGAUGCUCUGACUGACAACUACAUCCCCUCCUCUGUGUCCAGCUGGGAUGACCCCACCUCAGAAACGCUGAAUGGCAACCUCUCAGAUCAGGAGGUAAACAUCUGCUCUGCUCUGAUAACCUCUCAUCAGGUGAUUGAGGAGAUUGUGGAGAUGAUGGAAAACUCACCAGAUCCUGGAGAGACAGAGGAAGAGGAGGAAGAUGAUAUCGCAGUGUCUUCCUCUAAAAGCAGCCCCUCUCUGUUGGAGGAGAUCCGCAUGCUGUCUCAGGCCUCCAACAACAACUGCUCCUAUGAAGGUCUGAGGCUGAUGCCAAGCUCGGCGCUGCUUGACAUCUUGUGCCGGAUGGAGGCGGCGAUACGAGAGUAUUCGGAGGAGCUGGUGGCCCAGCUGGCCCGGAGGGACGAGCUGGAGUUUGAGAAGGAGGUGAAGAACACCUUCAUCACAGCUCUGAUGGAGGUCCAAAACAGACAGAAGGAGCAAAGGGAGCUGAGCAAGCGCAGGCGUAAG